AACAGUGAAAUGCAUUUAAAACCUCAAAAAGUAGAAUUUUCAUGGUAGGGCCCUUUACAGGUAAACUUCUGUGCUUGAGAGCAUACUUAUGUGAAGGAAUGCAGCCACAAGCGCAACACAGAUCACCCUACCAGCAAAGGGAUAGUCACCCUUAAGUUCAAAAACACUUUUGGACACCACUUCAGGUUCAAAUGCCCCUACAAUUGGAGUAAUAGAAAGGAGCCAUAUGGCUAAGGAAGCAAUUUGGAUUUACCCGAGUUCACUUCUUGUGAAAAAUAGUUCAAACGUUAAAAAUUACCAGAUGGAAGUAUUAAUGAUUGAUUUAAUAUGUAUUUGUUUUUAAGGGACCAUGGUAUAAGUGGGAUAGUGCCCUACAAGGGCUCUAUUAUCAGAGGUAGAGUGGUUAACCUUUAAUCGGUGGAUCUCAGGUUGAGUUUUGGCCUGCUUGUGCUGGAGUCUCCCUUAACCUUACCUCACAUUGCUUCUGGUGGUUAUAGAUUGGCGCCAGUGGUCAGCAGCAGAGCUGCUAUCAGUGUUUGAAUGUGUGUGUGGGAAUGGGACUGUGAUUGUAUAGCCCUUUGGGCUUUAAAGCAAAGUAGAAAAGCUCUGAACAAGUAGACGCCAUUUACCAUUUGGAACCUUUAUGCCAAGUUCUUCUUUGUGGUUCUUUUUGUGUGGCCCCUUGACUGACCUCAGCUCAUUAGGAUUCCUCUGGAGUGGAUCAGAGAUGCAUAAUAGAUCAGUGUUUCAGUUUGGACUCAAGAAGUAACAACCAUAAAACUCACAACUAUUCAAACUACUAAAAUGUUCUGCACUAGGAUGGGAAAACAAAGAAAAAAUUACCUAAAGCAGGGGUGUCUAAACCUUUUUCAAAGAGGGUCAUAUUUGGUAAGGUGAAAAUGUAUUAGGGCCAACCAAUCAACUGACAUUCUUUGAAACCUUAUAAUGCCAUUAAAUGAACUAUUUAAAUUCUAACUUUCUUCACAGAAAAUAGAAAAAAUACAUUCUUACCCAAAUUAGUGUGAAUUUCUGAUUUGAAAAUCAGAAAUAGAAUAAAGAAAAAGUAAAAAAAAAAAAAAAACUUUUAUUAACAUUAAAUCUGGAUUUAUAUUAAAUGUUACACAUUUUCACUAAUAAAUACUCACUGUAAACUUGUAAAUGUAAAUGAUGUGAACAGGAAAAUAACACAAAUAGUUAUCUUAUUCAGAAUAAAAAAUAUCAGUGGUUCUAAUCACGGAAAUAAAUCUGUUCUCAUUUAGCCCUCAGGGCUCUGAAAGUCUAUUAGCUACAUCUUUUUGCCACAGGUUAAUCUAAUUUAGCCAAUCACUAUCAAGACGUCAUACACACGGUUAAGAAGUGCUGGAGGAUGUAUUGAUUUUAUGACAGGAGCCUAUGGGCCAGUAUAAAUUUGAACACAUUUGACCCAUGGGCCGGACUUUGGACAAGCCUGAUCUAAAGCAUCUCUGGUUUAUGACUGAAAUGAUGCAAAAAACAUAAUCAAACAAGCAAAAACAACUACAAAUGACUGUUUCUCUCCUCUUUUUUGUUGCUUUAUUUCCUUCUCAGCCUGCCAAAAGAGAACAGGUAUAUCUCCAACAUUUUGAGAUUUCUUUAAAUGCUUGCUGUGUGAUUAUUGGUGAUUUUUUUGACAUUCCAACACUUUUGUUUGUAUUUUUCUUUUAUUUGUUGUGUUUUAUAAGUAUAAAAAUUUGUUUUUUACUAUAAGUUUCCUAGCAAUGCAUUUAACACAAAAUGUUGCAGUAAAUGUAUUAAAUGUGAAAUUACCCAGCAUUCUUCCUGCUUAAACACACCCCCUCCACUUUGUACUACCUUCUAACUCAGACGAGUGUGUCUCCGAUGAGUUUUGUGCUAUUUAUAGAAGGCAGCGUGCAUGCCACCAACUCCGUGUUUCUGUCUUGCACCAGUAUGUAUCCAGCUGGAGGGAUAUCUGCUGCCAUUUACACCAACAGGCUUCGCUCUGAGGGGAUGGGCUCCAAGGACAACGCCGUGCUCUUUGACAACCAGGACUACGAGUCCCUGAAGCGGGACUGCUUGGAGUCGGGUUGUCUCUUCGAGGACCCCUGCUUCCCAGCUGAGCCUCCGUCUUUGGGCUUUAAGGAGCUCGCGCCACAUUCCUCUAAAACCAGAGAUGUGGAAUGGAUCAGACCCACGGAGCUGACGAGUGACCCCCAGUUCAUCGUAGGAGGAGCCACCAGAACAGACAUCUGCCAGGGCGCUCUUGGUGACUGCUGGCUUUUAGCGGCCAUCGCCUCUCUGACCCUGAAUGAGAGGCUCCUGCACCGCGUUGUUCCACAUGGCCAGUCCUUCCAGGAAGAGUACGCUGGAAUCUUUCACUUUCAGUUCUGGCAGUUUGGCGAAUGGGUGGAUGUUGUGAUUGACGAUCGAUUGCCAGUGAAAGACGGAGAGCUGAUGUUUGUACAUUCAGCUGAAGGCAACGAGUUCUGGAGCGCACUCAUGGAGAAAGCUUAUGCCAAGCUGAACGGCUCCUACGAGGCUCUGUCUGGAGGAAGCACCACUGAGGGCUUUGAGGACUUCACAGGUGGAGUGUCUGAGAUGUACGAGCUGCGGAAAGCUCCCAGAGAUCUGCACAGGAUUAUCGCCAAAGCUCUGGAGAGAGGCUCCCUGCUGGGAUGCUCUAUUGAUAUUACAAGUGCCUUCGAUAUGGAGGCUGUUACAUUCAAGAAGCUUGUGAAAGGACACGCGUACUCAGUGACUGGACUGAAGGAGGUUGAUUACCGUGGUAACAUGGUUCGCCUCAUCAGAAUACGAAACCCGUGGGGACAGGUGGAGUGGACCGGAGCUUGGAGCGACAACUCCCAUGAAUGGAACGAUGUCGACCCCUCUGACCGAGAAGACUUGCACCUCAAAAUGGAAGAUGGCGAGUUUUGGAUGUCCUUCAGCGAUUUUCUGAGGCAGUUUUCCCGUCUGGAGAUCUGCAACUUGACUCCAGACGCUCUGAGUGAAGACGCCCUCAGCCACUGGAACACCAUGAAGUUCUACGGCACGUGGAGACGGGGCAGCACCGCCGGGGGCUGCAGGAACCACCCCAACACCUUCUGGAUCAACCCGCAGUAUAAAAUCACUCUGCUGGAGGAAGACGACGACCCCGAGGACAAUGAGGUGGCGUGCAGCUUUUUAGUUGCCCUCAUGCAGAAGGACCGCCGCAGGUAUCGGCGCCACGGUCAAGACAUGCACACCAUUGGCUUUGCCCUCUAUGAGAUUCCAGAGGAGUACAGGGGCUGUCAGAACGUCCAUUUGAAAAAAAACUUCUUCCUGAGUCACUCCUCGUGCGCUCGCUCAGAGACCUUCAUCAACUUGCGGGAGGUAAGCGCUCGGCUGCGUCUACCUCCUGGAGAGUACCUCAUUGUUCCCUCCACCUUUGAGCCCAGCAAAGAGGCCGACUUUGUCCUCAGAGUCUUCACAGAGAAGCAGUCCGAGACUGAGGAGCUGGAUGAUGAGAUUUCUGCUGACUUUGGAGAUGAGGAAGAAAUAACAGAAGAUGACAUUGAUGACUCUUUUAAAUCCAUGUUUGCUCAACUAGCAGGAGAGGACAUGGAGAUUUCUAUUCGCGAGCUUAAGACCAUUCUAAACAGAGUCAUCUCUCGUCACAAGGAUCUGAAGACGGAUGGAUUUAGCACGGAAUCGUGUCGGACCAUGGUUAACCUACUGGAUAAAGAUGGCAGCGCCCGCUUAGGACUCUUGGAGUUUCAGAUCCUCUGGAACAAGAUCAGAAAGUGGCUUGGCAUUUUCAGGGAGUUUGAUCUCGACAAAUCGGGGGCCAUGAGCUCAUACGAGAUGCGGCUGGCAGUGGAGGGAGCAGGCUUUAAACUGAAUAAUCAGCUGAACCAGAUUCUGGUGGCCCGCUAUGCAGACAAUGAGAUGAUUGACUUUGACAACUUCAUCUGCUGCUUGGUCAAGCUGGAAGCAAUGUUUAAGUCUUUCCAGGAGUUGAACAGAGAUGGAUCAGGAGUUGUUGAGAUGAAUCUCACAGAGUGGCUUUACUUGACCAUGUGUGGUUGAAGAGUUCAACAAGAAGAUGUGAAGUUGAUGUGCCUGCAGCUUGGAAGAUCCCUCAGUCUAACACACAGCCCAGCCCAGCUACUUGUGUAUAAGAAGAGCCCCCAUGGUAGAGAAAAACCAAAGUCCACCAAAGCAACGUGGGACCCGGCCUUAUUUGAUAAACUAUGCAAAUCCGCAGUAGAGCAGAACUGUAUUGCUGUUUAAAAAAACAUGCUGCACUUGCCUGUGCAUGGUUUGUCACAAGGUAUUACUAUCCAUUGCAAGUCACUUUAAACAUUUAAUCUGAAGUGUCAUUACCAUAGGUUUGAAGUGUCAGUGUGUAUUUUCAGUACAUUUUAAAUACUAGAUUACUUUGGGCUUUCUGCAAAUGUGAUUUUUUUUUUUUUUUUUUUUUUUUUUUAUGAAAUGGGUUUCAAGUUGUUUCGUGUUUAGGCCUCUAGAUGGCAGCACAAACUUGCUUUAAGUAUUUUUUUUACACAAGUUUAAUCUUUUUUUAGUAUUACACUCAGUUUAUGUAAAGACGUGCUUAGUCUUUUACUAUUAUUUGCACUGGAAUUUUAACUGAAGGAACUAAGAAUGCCUCACUUAAAAUAAUUUACUGAAGUAUAUCAAUGGCCUGAAUGCUACUGUAGUUUGUCAUUAACUGAAGUCAGAACGUGCCAGUUGUGUUUUCGUUUUGCGAAUGUAUGUUGUGCCUUCAAUAAAUGUUUUCCCUAAAAGGUUCA